CUGCUCAGAUGAUGCUGACCUUCCUUGAUACUAAGGAAGAGCGCGCAACCUCCUCAAAAACCUCCAUUUCUGAACUCUGGAUUCUGCUCAUUUUGGAAGAUGGUCGUCAAGCUCAACCACCAGCAAGUAGAAAGCCACAGAUGGCCAAGCCUGCAAGGCCGGUUCCCAAUGGCCAUGUUCUGAAGAAUCCUGCUACUAAAAGUUUACAGUCUCAGUCUGAAGUAGGUCCAGUAAAGAGUUCUUCAUUGAUCAGAUCAAAACUAGCUACAGCUGAGCCUAAGAAAAUUGCUAAUGGCGGGAGUGGUUCUGGUCGACCUGUAGAACGUAAACCAUUACCGUCCAAAAUACCUGCUCAGUCUCUGGGUACAAGCAGACAUCCGGGUACAAUCAGACCUCCGGCAAAGGUUACAUCAGCUGUACAUCAUUCUUCUGCUCAAAGAAAUCAUUAUCCUGAACAGAGAAGCCCGAGUCAGAGCUUGAAUAAUGGAAAACCGACGGCUAGCAAGCCAUUGCCUUCCUCAAAAUCUCAGCCUCCUAAGAAAAUCCCACCACCACAGGACAGUCAUGAUGAUCGGUUGAAAAAGAAACCUAUGAAGAGGAGAUUAGAUGAAUCUGACGAUGAAGAUGCUAUUGGAAUGAUCAGAAAGCUGUUUAGGUAUGAUCCUAAUAAAUAUGCGGCAGUUGAUGAUGAUGUUAGCGACAUGGAAGCUGAUUUUAGGGAAAUCCAGAAGGAAGAGAGGAGAAGUGCGAAGAUUGCUCGAAAGGAGGAUGAAGAGCAGCUUCGACUCAUUGAGGAAGAAGAGAGAAGAGAAAGGAUGAGGAAGAAACAGAAGCUAAGGCGGUAGUGGCAUAAAGGGGUGUCUGCUCAUCUCUCUUAAUUUCUACGGCGGAGAUGCCGACAAGUGGAGAUGACGAGAUGCCGACAAGUGGAGAUGAUGACGAGGACGAAGAUAAAAUAUCAGCUGAUUUUCACUGCUUUUGGGAUUUAAUUAUGAUGCAUCUUGUUUUGAUUGAGCUAGUGAAUGCAGCGGAAAAUGGUCUGCUUACUGCUCACCGUCUCACUGCAGUUUGUUUCUGGAUCCAUCGAAACAUUGACCUCAAGCUGAAGUAGGGAGCCAAUACCUUGUUCCAUUUUGCUGCUGCCGGAUUCUGGGAUAGAAGAAAAAGAGGAAGAUAUGGAAAUCUUCUCAUUUUUAAUUAAUUUUAAUUUUAAUUGUAUCAGUAGAUGGUAACUUUUUAGUGCGGUUAAUAAUCAGAUUGUAGGCUUUCCCCCACUUUUACUUAGAAUUGUAUUUUGGUGCCUUUGUCUUUCUCUAGUUGGUUUCCGAUGUAUCAUCCUGUAUUGCUGAAGUCGGAACUAGAAGUAUAAAUUCAGCUAAGACGAUACAUGCAAAAUAGUCAAGCGUCUAAUUUUAUUAUAACGACCAAGAUUUGUAUUCAUU